GGGGUCUACACUAAACCGAUGGAAAUGCUAGGAAAAGGGGGCGCCUCCGAAUCACCGGCUAAAGACGCACUCCCGAGCCUGGGGCCGCAUCACGCGCGUGCGGCGUGCGCCCCGCCCCCGGGCCCGGAAGACCUCCCGCGAGGCGGGAGGAGGUGGGGCCGGAAUCAGAAAUGGGGAGGAUCCUCGUCCGGGGCCCCGCCCCUCUGGGCCGUCCGGAAGCUGUCGCGGGGCCGCGCCUCCCCCGCUCGGCACAGCCCGGGUUACAGUCGGGCCCGAGGGGCGGAAGGGGGAGGAGGAGAACCUCUGUCUAGUCCCGCCCCCGCUCCUGUACUUCCUCUCCCCUUGUGACUCUCCCCUCGGCUUUCCUGCCUUAGCGUUUGUGCCCUGCUGUAGCUGGCGCCCGAUUCUGACAGCAAGUGCCCCAAGCGGAGGAGGCUGAGGGGCGCCCCCCGCCCUGCAGGCCCUCCGUCUGCUCCCCCGAGGCGGACUCUCCCGCGGGGCACCUCUAGGGGAGAUGUUCGCGCGCGGCUCUCGCACCAAGGGGCUGGGGGCCGGCGCAGGUUCCCUCCUGGCCCUCGGGGCGCGCCUUUGCACAAGCAGGCCCCAGCCCCAGGCUCCCCUGGCCUCCGCAGGGGAGGGAGACUUUACCCAGGCGGCAUCGGCGCGCAGUCGGGGAGAAAGCGAGCCGCGGGGGGGCCUCGGCUUCUGGCAGGAGAGGUUGGCAGAUCAACUGCUGCCCCUCCGGAGACUGAGCUAUGAGGAACAACUAAAGGUCAAGUUUGAAGUGACAAAGAAGACCUUGGAGCAGUUCCAGGGUCGCCUCCACAAGCUGGGUGCCACGGUGAUGGAGGCCCAAGGCCUGGAUGACCUCCUCCAACCUUUCAUCCCAUCACCUGUCAUUGAUGGGUACAGAAACAAAUCUGUCUUCUCUGUAAACCAGGGCCCAGACGGCCGCCCAAGGACUGUGGGGUUCUUUCUGAGAUCCCCCGGAGGGAAGAGGAUGUUCUGUGUACCGGCUGACCAUCUGAGAGCUCUUCCCACCAAGCACUUCCAGGUGGCCCAGUGCUACGAGGCAUUUCUACGACAGGCUCCCCCCGAGCCCAGCCUGGACGCUCACCAGCUUGGGCCCUGGCGCCGGCUCAGAGUGCGGACCAGCCGCCAAGGCCACACGAUGGCCAUCCUCACUUUCCACGCCCAGGGACUGAGCCAGGAGGCCAUCUGUGCGCAGAAGGAAAGAGCGAAGGAGUUCUUCAUGUCGGGACAGGGGUCUGUGUGCGAGCUGACCUCCCUUUACCUGAAAGAGGGGGUCAUGCCCAGCUGCUACCAGCUCCUGGCAGGGGAAGCCCACAUGUUCGAGGAUGUCCUUGACUUGAAACUUCGAAUCUCUCCAGGGGCCUUUUUCCCCCUGAACACGGGUGCCACCGAGGCCCUCCUCCGGGUUGUGGCAGAGUUGGGCGGAGUGGACCGGAGCACCCUUGUCCUUGACCUUAGCCAUGGCACAGGGGCCCCGGGCCUCUCCCUGGCGCAGUGGGCGGCCCAGGUGCUUAGCGUGCGGCUGGCAGGGCAGGCCAUGGAGGAUGCCCAGUGGAGCGCAGAUUUCAAUGAGAUCACCAACUGGCGAUGCCGGCGGCAGGGGGUGGAGAAGGCCAUGGCCCGCCUCAGGAAGGGCCAAGAGGACAGCAAGGUGCUGGCGGUGCUGGUGGCCGCGGCAGACGCUGGCCCGUCUCCCGAGGUCAUCGGCGCCAUCCGGGGCUGCGCAGCCAUCCAGAAGCUGGUGUUUGUGUCUCCCCAGCCCCACAGGGAAGACAUGGAGACCCUGGUGCAGCUCUGCUGCCCGGUGCCCUCCAGCCAGGACCUCGCAGGGGAGCCUUUCAGGCUGAGCCGCGCCGUGCCCGUGGAUGGGGCCCCGCACACCCUGAACUCCCAGCUGGUCCUGGCCUUCACCCGCUGACCCCCCGCGGCGCCCCCCAGGGUCCUGAAUAAAUAGCUGUGGCCCCUCUGA